AUGCCUCUACCAUGCGCUAUCGAAAUCUGCAAACGUAAAUCACGAGCAUUAUGUCAUUGUUGCAACAAGAAUCUUUGUCCAGAUCAUUUGAAAGAACAUGAUGAUUUAAUAAAUUCACAAAUACAUCCUCUUGUUGACGACAUAAAUACUAUUGAUAAUCAAUUGUCGGCAUUAAAUGUUGAUGAAGUUAUUAGCAAAUGUUGUCAAAAAUUGGAUAAAUGGCGUCAUGAUUGUUAUACUAUUAUUGAUCGUUUUUAUGAAGAAAAAUAUCAAGAACUUCAACAACGUUGUCUUGAAAAAGUUGGUGAAAAACGAAAAAAAAUUCAUAAAUUAAAAUUAAAAAUCAAUGAACUUGUUCGAGAACAAGAAGUUACGAUUGACGAUAUUAAGUCGCUGAAAGCAACUAUUAAUGAUAUCAAACGUGACGUUAAUCAAUAUGAAGAGAAUGGCAUUGUAGUCGAUGUUCAUCCCUUAAUUAUUAAUCAAGAUUUAAUUUAUGUUGAACAAUGGACAUCGAAUGAACUUGAUAUAUCAACUCUUUCGUCACCUUAUCGAACCCUUGCUUGUUCCAACGAUAGUUGGCCUGCUCUUACUAGCAACAAUCAUUUUUUGUUAAUAGAUCAAUAUCCAAAUUUAUGUUUAUAUGAUAAACAAAUGACUCUUUUAAAAGAAUAUCCAUGGGAACAUGAUCGCAUUUCUGAUAUGUGUUGGUCAUCGAUAUUAAAUAGUUUUAUUAUCAUAACAAAUAAAAAUGGAGUUUUUCUGAUGAAUGGAAAUCUAACAACAAUUGAAUGUAUUCAAUCGAUCGAGAAGAAACAGUGGUUGUCUUGUGCAUGUUCAAAUUCAACUUUAUUUUUAACUACGAAUGAAUCGGGUUCUAGUAUUUUUCAAUUCAAUCUUUUAUCGUCAUUUAGUUUUAUGAAACAAUGGAAACCUCCUCAAAGUUGUAACUACGACGAACUUAUCCAUAAUAUUGCUUACAACAAUGAAACGCUUGCCUUAAUAAUAGAACACAAAUUCAAUGAAACAAUGCGCAUAGAACUUCGAUCUUCAUUAACAUUCGACCAACUUUGGUCAACCAAAUUUUAUACAGCAUUUUUUUUUGAAAAAUGGAUAAAUCGUAUUUGUUUACUCAAAUAUGAUGAAUGGCUUGUAAUCGAUCAUAGGACUUCACAUCUUUUACAUGUGAGUAAAGAUGGAAAAAUAAAGAAAAAGCAUUCAUAUCAAACAUCAGUUAACAAUGCUGUUUUAUUUGGUACAAAUACAUUGGCCAUCAAAACUGCAAAUUGCGUCAAUUUUUAUAGAGUAUAA